AAGAGGAAAGAUCGCGUAGUAUCUUCUUCCCCCGGUUCUUCUCUCGUUCCCACUCGUUCCAGUCAAUAUCUGCCCGGGGCCCAUCCUCGGGAUGCCUCCAUUUUCAACCCGCAAGCUGGCCCCAGCUCCAACUCCAGCAAAAACAGGGGAAGGGAGGGAGAGACAGUUGAGAGCCGGCAAGAACCCACCAUCCAUCCAUCCAUCCAUCUCUCUCGUUCUGCAUGCCCCUGGAUAAGUUCCUCCAAUGCCCAGAAGCAUUCCCUCGCUAAGCUGAGCUCCUGUGACUACGAAUAGCUUUGUCGUUCCUGGCGUCCGAUGCACUCUCUUCCCUCUCCCGCUUCCGUUCCUCUCCUUGUUUUCUCGGCGCUCUUCUUCGCGGCCCUCUGUCUCUGUGAUCCGAGGGCCAACGAAGUGGACCUCAUAUGCAGCAACCGGACCACUCCCCUGCCCGACCGCAGGGCCUUCGCCACCAGCUUCGCGGAGGCGAUGGACGCCGUGUCCCCUCAGAUCAACCGUCAGCAAUACGCGUCGGCCGUGGGCAGAGCGGGCAACAACACCGUGUACGCGUUCGCGGAGUGCAUGGAGGACCUCGACCGGAUCGACUGCGACCUCUGCAUCGCUCGGGCGAAGGUCCAGAUCCUCCGUUGCUCGGCCUUACAACAGGGCACUCGCGGCGGUCGUCUCUUCUAUGACGGCUGUUAUCUCAGGUACGAUGAUUACUAUUUCUUCAACGAGAGUUUGAGUCCCCAAGAUACGACAGUGUGUGGCACGGAAGAUUUUGGAGGGAACCAGACGAUGUUCAUGAACAAUGUCGUGGAGUUAGGGAGGAAUUUGAGUUUGCAAGCGCCCAUCAAUGGCGGGUUCUCUGUGGGGUCUGUGAUUCGUGGGAAUGUGUCGGUUUACGGGUUGGCUCAGUGCUGGAAAUUAGUGAACGGGAGCGAAUGCCAGAACUGUCUUAACAAUACGGCUGUGAGGAUCGACUCGUGUCCCCCCAAAAAGGAAGGAAGGGGCUUGAAUGCCGGUUGUUACUUCAUGUAUUCGACGGAGAAGUUUUACUACAACAACACCAAACCAUUUCAAAUAAAUGAAGGAGAGCAACGGUUGAUUAUUCUGGCUGCAGUAUCUUCUACGUUGGCUCUGCUACUAAUUAUUGCAUUAGCUGCUUUCCUCAUUAGGAUGAAACUUGUCAGGAAGACUAGAGAAAAGAAGCAGUUGGGACUUCUGGUGGACGUAGUGAACAAUUCCAAGCGUAACUUUUCCUAUGAAUUGCUUGAGAAGGCUACUAGUUAUUUUCACCAAUCCAGUAAGCUUGGACAAGGAGGGUCCGGCUCAGUUUAUAAGGGAAUUUUGCCUGAUGGAAAGCCUGUUGCCAUCAAAAGGCUGGUAUUUAACACGACGCAGUGGGUCGAUCAUUUCUUCAAUGAAGUAAACUUGAUCAGCGACAUUGAUCAUAAAAAUCUAGUCAAACUGUUGGGGUGCAGCAUCACCGGUCCUGAGAGCCUUCUUGUUUAUGAAUACAUCCCCAACCUAAGUCUUCAUGAUCACCUUUUUGCGAAAAAGAACAUUCCACCACUAAGUUGGGAGACAAGGUGUAAGAUCAUCUUGGGUACUGCGGAGGGCCUGGCCUAUCUUCAUGAAGAGUCAAACUUAAGAAUCAUACAUAGAGACAUUAAAUUAACCAAUGUUUUGCUGGACAAAGACUUCACGCCCAAGAUUGCUGAUUUUGGACUAGCUAGGUUAUUUCCAGAAGAUGCGACUCAUAUCAGCACUGGUGUCGCUGGUACAUUGGGCUACAUGGCUCCAGAGUAUGUUGUUCGCGGCAAAUUGACUGAAAAGGUAGAUGUCUACAGCUAUGGCGUUCUCAUGAUGGAAGUACUCUCUGGAAAGAAGAAUUAUUCCUUCUCCGAGAGUUCCUGUUCCAUCUUACAAACGGUGUGGAAUCUGUUUGGAUCGGGUAGGCUGUGUGAAGCCAUAGAUCCAAUUCUAGAGGGGCAAUUUCAAGAGCAGGAGGUGUCUAGGUUACUUCAAAUUGGUCUACUGUGCGUGCAAGCCUCUGCAGAAUUGCGGCCAUCAAUGUCAGUGGUUGUGAAGAUGCUGAAAGAAAGCUCUGAAUUACCUACACCAACACAACCGCCAUUCCUCAAUUCUAGUCGAAGCACGGAAUGCAGUAGGCACAUGUUUAGCGAACCUAAUAGUUCUCGCCAAGAGUCAGACACCCAGUCUCCUGGCAAUGCAGCGACGACUGAGAGCUGGGUCAAGCCUAGAUAACAUUUCGUUUCUGAUGCAUCUCUGGCUCUGUCUUUCCGAAUUAUGUUGGCAAAGCUUCUCCCGGUGGUCACAUGCCGACUCAAGUUAUGAAAUGGAUAAUUGACUUAUGGAGGUUCUGGCAACGUAAUAUACGAACUUCAUGUCACGUUCCCUGAUUCAUUCGGAUGCCACUAGCAGUUUGAGGAUCUCACCGUACACAUUCUGAAAUUCCUGAGCCUCGUUUAGUCAUUAGGAGUCUUUUCAAUGCUUCAGCGUUGAUGAGUGGAACUCCACGAGUAGAUUAUAUAUGUUCAGGGAGUCACUUGUUUAUUAUCGCCACUUGUAAAGAGUUAUUACAUAUAUUUAGCUCUCACACCGAUUCUCAACAGCUCAUUCUUGUUAUAAUUAAACAUACUUGUACAUUACACGAUCCUUUGUAUUCCAUUCCUAUUGUAUCUAAUGCUGAUGCAAAAUA